ACAGUCAUAAAAUCCCAAAGAAGAAGAAUAGGAGGAAGAACAACAAGAUGGCGCAAAUAAGAAGUUGUUGAGCUGUUGAGAGUUUUGUCUAAACGAGUUUCUCAAUGAUCAGUUAAUCCUGCUGAAGAAACAUCGACAGACUUUUAAGAAAUCAUCGUCAAAUCCGAGGAAGAGAUGGAUGAUCAUCGCAGACUGCUGGAUUUCUCCCGGAGGCCCCAGAUAAUCUUACACCGAAUAGAUUGCCUGCAACAUAACGUUUCUGAGGAGCAGAUAUGUAACCAGGAGCGGAGCUUCACUCUGGACAAGGACGAGUUAGAACCUCUGCAGGUGAAACAAGAACAGGAAUGGCCUGAAAAUCUGCAGAUAAAAGAAGAGUAGGAGGUUCUAGAGCAUCAGCAGAUAAAAGUGGAUGAGAAAGAAGAUUACAACAGUCAGGGUGAUAAGCAGCUUGAGCUAAAACGAGAGACAGAUACCAGCAUGGUGGUUCCUAUUUCCGAGACAACAUACCACACUGAAUCAGAAGCAAACAAGAAACAAGACAUCUUCCAGGAAGCUGCUGAUUCUGAGGACCAAAAUCAGGAAAGAAGAAAGCCUUUCUCAUGUGCCAUAUGUAAAAAACGUUUCACUUUCAAAUCUGCUUUUGAGCCUCACAUGAGAACUCACUCUGGUGAAAAGCCAUUUUCAUGUGUGAACUGUGGAAAAAGUUUUCGUCGAAAACCGCAUUUAACUCAGCACAUGAUGAUUCACACUGGUGAAAAGCCGUUUUCAUGUGUGAACUGUGGAAAAAGUUUUAGUCGAAAAUCGGAGUUAACUCGGCACAUGAUGAUUCACACUGGUGAAAAGCCAUUUUCAUGUGUGAACUGUGGAAAAAGUUUUAGACAAAAACAGGCGUUAACUCAGCACAUGAUGAUUCACACUGUUGAAAAGCCGUUUUCAUGUGUGAACUGUGGAAAAAGUUUUAGUCAAAAAUCGGAGUUAACUCGGCACAUGAUGAUUCACACUGGUGAAAUGCCAUUUUCAUGUGUGAACUGUGGAAAAAGUUUUAGACAAAAACAUGCGUUAACUCAGCACAUGAUGAUUCACACUGGUGAAAAGCCGUUUUCAUGUGUGAACUGUGGAAAAAGUUUUCGUCGAAAACGGGAGUUAACUCAGCACAUGAUGAUUCACACUGGUGAAAAGCCAUUUUCAUGUGUGAACUGUGGAAAAUAUUUUAGUCGAAAACGGGAGGUAACUCAGCACAUGAUGAUUCACACUGGUGAAAAGCCGUUUUCAUGUGUGAACUGUGGAAAAAGUUUUGGUCAAAAACGGGAGGUAACUGAGCACAUGAUGAUUCACACUGGUGAAAAGCCGUUUUCAUGUGUGAACUGUGGAAAAAGUUUUCGUCGAAAACCGCAUUUAACUCAGCACAUGAUGAUUCACACUGGUGAAAAGCCGUUUUCAUGUGUGAACUGUGGAAAAAGUUUUUGUCAAAAACGGGAGGUAACUGAGCACAUGAUGAUUCACACUGGUGAAAAGCCGUUUUCAUGUGUGAACUGUGGAAAAAGUUUUCGUCAAACACCGAAUUUAACUCGGCACAUGAUGAUUCACACUGGUGAAAAGCCGUUUUCAUGUGUGAACUGUGGAAAAAGUUUUCGUCGAAAACUGCAUUUAACUGAGCACAUGAUGAUUCACACAGGUGAAAAGCCGUUUUCAUGUGUUAACUGUGGAAAAAGUUUUCCUCUAAAACAGGAUUUAACU